CACACUCUCACACACACACACACACACACCCAUGGCUUCCUUCAUCUUUCUAAUGAUCACACUCCACGCAUUGAUCCUCUCGGUCCACACCUACGCUCACACAAACAACACAUGCCGAUCCUUUUGCGGAAACCUAACGGUAGAUUACCCUUUCGCCCUGCAACCGGGAUGCGGCCACCAAGGCUUCCGCGACCUCCUCUACUGCAUCAACGACGUCCUCAUGCUCCACAUCCCCUCCGGCUCUUACCGCGUCCUCGACAUCGACUACCCGUACACCUCCCUCGUCCUCCACGACCCCCACAUGUCCACCUGUCAAUCCCUCUUCCUCGGGGCCCGCGGAAACGGGUUCGCCCUCGAACCCUGGCGGGCCCCCUUCCUCACACCAGCCCCCGACAACGCCUUCAUGUUGUUGGGCUGCUCGGCCCGCUCCCCCCUCUUCCAGAGGGGGGAGAAGCACCCCCCGUGCCGGAACGUUUCGGGCCUUGGAUGUGAGGAGUACUACGGGUGCCCUGCGUGGGAUUUUAUCGGGCCGAGAGCGGGUUCGGGCCGGGCGUACGGGUCGGGCCCGCCCGAUUGUUGCGCGGUGUCGUACGAGAGUGUGAAGAGCGUGAAUCUCUCGAGGCUCGAUUGCCAGGGGUAUAGUAGUGUGUAUAGCUCGGCCCCAUUGAGGGUGAGCGGGCCCAGCGAAUGGGCUUACGGGAUACAAGUGACGUAUUCGGACGGCGGGAGUGGGAGCUUCUGCAUGGCGUGUGAGGCGAGCGGUGGAUCGUGCGGUUACGAUGUUCGUGGGAACACUGACUUGUGCUUGUGUGGGAGCUGGAAUUCUACUUCUAAUUGUGAUUCAGUGCUCUCAGAUGCAUUCAACACAAGAAGAUGGCCUAAAGAAAUGGCAAUAACAGGAUUGUUAAUCACUGCAGUUACUUGGAGAACUCUCACUAUAUUUGGAUAGAGAGUUUCUGUUUGUUUCUUGUUUUUCAUUUUUUUACCUGUAUUUUUUUUUGACAAACAUGUACAAGUUUUGGGAACUUUAUUCCAAGAAAUGGAAUUAAGGGAAGUUCUGAUAAUGCAGAAUUUCAUUAUAGAUUAUCUGUAAUGUGUAUUUUACUUGGAACUUAAAUUUGAAUGAAAAAUAAAUAAAU